AGUCGAUCUGCCAUCAUGUCUUCCCCGGACGAGAGACAGGAUACAUCAGAGGGCCAACCUCCAACAUACAGCCAAAUCGACCUGCCAGAACUGCUGCUCCCUGAGUUAGAUCUCACUCGAGACGCUGGACCGUCGUCUAGCACGACAGUCACUCACGACCAAUGCGUGGCUCAUCUCAAAUUUCUGGCCGUCCUCACCGACCUGCGCGAUCAUGUUGCUAGCACCUCAGAUCUCUUUGGCAUUAAGGACCCGGAUCCAGGUAUCUUCGGGGAUAACACAGACGAGGCGUGGGCCCGAGUCAAGGAGAAGCGCUGGGCUGUCUAUACCAACCGAGCGGCCGCCCGAUAUACGACCUGGUGGGAGAGGUGCAUUCCGGGCUCUCGUUCACCCCCUAGAUUCUCUGACCUAGGGAACAAAAACUAUGCGACAAUUCCCGCCUACUACACCCUGUCUAUCUGGUCCCGGGACAUCCUGCCUCCUCUAGACGUCCUGAUGGUAUGGCACGCCCACAUGCUGAACCCGCGAGCGUUUCUUGAGGAUUGCAUCCGACAUGGGAAGAUGAAAUUUUGGGCGGCUGGCUUCCCCUGGCACGCCAUCAAUGCGUGCAUCGACAACAGUACACUAGACUACGACGCAGGGCAGCGGGCAAAGGACGUUUUUCAAGUGAAGACCGAUCUUCCAUGGGAAAAUCUCAUUGGUACAUCGGACAAAGUGGUGCACUGUCCCUGCUGCAAAGGUCGCGUUUCCGUGCCAUGGACAGACGGUGCUAUGUCCACGCUGCUGGAGGGUCUCUUCCAAGGCUGGCAGGGUUUUGCAGACAAAGACUUUAGGGCCAUCUGUCCCAAGUGCCCAUUCACCAUCGACCACGAGAGCCUGAAAAUCGCCAAGUUCCGGCGAGACAUCGAGGCCUGCCUCUAUGCAGACCGGCCCAUGCCAGGAACCUACUAUAACUUGCGAGGGGUGCCCGAAUAUGUCGGGUUCUUCGAUCGCUUCCAAAAUCCUUCAAUCUUCCCGAACCGCUUCGUUGAGGAAGCUGGUCGCUCCAUCCUGACCCGGACCAGCCCCAACAACAGCAACGACCAAGCCCUCUUGACCCUAAAGGACGUCAACGACUACAUCUCAACCUUGUUGAAUUCGUACUCUCCCAGGAAAGUAGCGACUUCCGAAUCGCGCCUAUCGCGCUACUGGGACAACUCCAGUCCGUUCGCUCUGGACCUCGUCGGCGCCGUUAUCCGACAAGGCACCUUUAUCCAGAAAAUGGACCAGAUCGACUGGCUCCACUCCCCAACAGUCCUCCAAACUAUGGACCGGCUGAUCAAGAAAUAUCAUGUUUUCUUCACCAUCAUGGCCACCAACCCGGGCCACAUGGCCGUCCCCACCCUUGAUGUCGACUUGGCCUGGCACACGCACCAACUCAGCACCCCAUCCCGAUACUUCGCCUUCUCUCUGCACCACACUAGAUACUCCCAGCACGGCACGCCCAUUUUCCUCGAUCACGACGACAAAGUCGACGAAAGCAUCCUCUCUGAUGGCUUUGCCUGGACCAGCAAAAUGUACAAACAGCUGACCGACGGUCAAAUCUACAGCGAAUGCACCUGCUGGUACUGCGAGGCCAUCCGCGCUCCAGACCUCCUUACCCUCUCCCUCCCCUUCACUUCCACCUACAAAGUGAACCGCAAAGCCCGUCGGGCUGCUGCUAAACUACAAGAUACCACCUCCCCAGACCUAGACAAAAACCCACACAUCUCAGCCCACAACGCCGUACGACCAGACCUGAGUCCUACCGAAUCCGGCCAACACGAAGGCCCUGACCCCCGCGUCGUGAAGUUUAUGAAACUACGGCACCGAUACGAACGCAUGCAGCGGCGCGCGCGCAAGAAACACCGGUCAGGCGCUAACAGAACGAACAGGAAAGAUGCAACGACGUGGGAUCCGCCCGUUUGUCCCAUGGUGUGGGGCUAUCCGGUGGAGGUCCCGUAUCAAGCACCGUACACGUGUGACCCCGGGGUCCAUGCCGAUGCAUAUGCUGGGAAUCCACUAUGCAUGAGUUUUGUGGAUGGGGCACAUGGGAAUUGUGCAGUUGGGACGUGUGGGGGUGGGGUGGCAGCUGGGGGUUGUGUGGUGGUGGAGGUGGAGGAGGAGGAGGAGGAGGAGGAGGAUGCGGCGGCGGAGGAGGAGGUGGUGGUGUUGGUGGAGGCGGUUGUGGUGGAAGGAGUUGUGGUGGAGGGAGUUGAUAGAAGAUCGCUGAGGGUACUUCGAUUGCUUUAAGAUCAAUGCAACCCACGUCUAGACAGCCAUUCCCGAUUAGAAAACCACCCAAGAAACAGUUAAGUCGCAAUAGAGAGAGAUGGAGAGGGAGAGGGAGAGGAAUCAUAUGAAGAGAAUGAAGCCAUAUCAUACCAUCCCUCUCCAGGAAGUGGCGUGAUUAACGGAAGCCGUAUAGAUAGCCUCUCAGUGGAAGACUCCACAAUGGGCCCAACACUGAGAUCAAUGCAAUCAGACUUGGUAUAUGAUGCCUUUUCGACGACUGG